UUUGUUUUUUUCUUUCUCAAAAAAAAAAAACAUUAAGUGAUGAUCUUGGCUAUCGAAUCUCUGAAGAACAUGCGCGUGAAGGGUGUCGUGUUCAGUGGAGGCCAGAAAGACUCUCUUAAUAGUCUUGCUUUCAUCUCUCCGUCCUUUGAUCAACUAUAUUCUCAGUUUGUUGGAGUGCUAUAUGAAGUUGAGAACACGUGCGCAAUGGCAAAAAAAUCAAGUGGCUGAUCAGAUUUUGCAGCUAGUGUCACAAGUGAACAGCGGUACCAGUCAUAUAGUUCAAAAAGGUUCAUCUCGGCUGUCGGACCUUUUCGUUUCUGAAGCUAGGGGGGCUAUGAUGGCUUAGAUUCAAGUUUCGGCCAACUGUUUCAGCAAACUGUCUGCUUCAACUCCAGGUGUGGUUACCUAUGUUUCUGCUUAUGAGUAUCCAGGUGUCUCUGUUGUUGAAUUUAUUUCCAAAUUGUAUGAACUUCUCGGUUUACAAAUAAACGCAGCUUUAAAAAACAACAUUUACUGACCAUCUUUUUGGAAACUCAUCUUAGCCUUUUUUUUUUGUAAAAAACGUAUCAUCUCUUUUAACAACUUCUAGGUCCUUAAAUGUUGAUUGUGAUAAUAGUUAUGUUUAUUAAGCCUUUUGUGCUAACACUAAGAUAAGUAUUGUGACUUUCAAAUAUUAGUGACAAAUGACAAUACAAUACAUUGCAGAAAUUUUAUUCAACUUUAAAAAUGUUAAUUUUUGGUAAAGUUCGAUUUAAUAAAAAUAUUAUAUACAUAAAAUCAAAUUAUGAGUAAAGGAAAAAUGAUUCUUUGACCAGAAAUAUAUAUUUUUAAAAUUAGUUUUAAAAUAUAUUUAAAACUGUAAUAUGAUAUAUUAUGUGUCGACCAUGUUUGUAUGAAAUCUAAUCAAUAAAUUUAGAUAAAUAAUUAAAUUAUUUAUUGACAAAAAAUUACUAUAUAAAACGAAAAAUUAUAGAUUAAUCUGUAUCCAGAAAAAUGAUGUGUAUAUAUAACCGCGUCAAGACAGUUAGGCGAAUAAUUUUUUUAUUACAAUAAGAAUCAAAUGAAACAAUAUGCAUAUGAAAUGAAAAUGAAGCAUGCUAUCGACAUAAUUAGAGGUUGACUUGAUACCCUUAAGCUUCAUUACCAUUAUUUUGAGCUAAGAAAGGAGUCAACUUGGAGGCCAUGUACGUUUUAUGUCGACAUUGUUUCGCCAUUCACUUAAAAAAAAGGAAAAGGAAUAAUAUUCUUUAUCUUAGAUCUUUAUUCAUUUUUAUAUAUUUUUUAUUGUUAAAAGUAGUCUAGGAGACCAAGCUAACUCGUGACGACGUGUCUGAACGAGUCUAAUUUACUAAGAAAUCCAAUAUGUUUUCUCUUCUUUUCUUCCUUAAUAGUCGCUCUCGACUACUUUUACGAUGCACUCAUUUUCAUUUAAUCAUUUUACAACAUAAAAUAACGUUUGGUAAAUCAGGAAACCAAUACCAUAUCAAGUUCAACCUAAAACAAAUUCACCUUAGUUUGAGUUCCCCAAGAACAAAAACUACUAUUCUAUAAUUUAGUGCGGUAAAACUAAGGAAUCUCUUUUAAGAAAAAUCAUUUGAAUUCGAAUUCCAACGAGUAUCCAUUUAUCAUCUUCUGCUUUCAUUGGAUAAAACUAUUAAAAUACAUUUAUAAUCAAAAAAUUAUUCAUUUGAUCUAAUUGUCUUGACGCGGUUAUAUAUACACCAUUUUUUUGAAUACAUGUUAUUCUAUAAUUUUUGUUUAUUAUAGUAAUUUUUUGUUAAUGAACAAUGUAAUUAUUUUUAAGAAAAGAAAAACUAUUAACAAAAAAAUUAGAUAACAAGAUAAAUAAAUUUCACAAUGUCAAAACCAAAUGAUUUUAAUCACACACAAAACAUAUAUAUAUAUACACUAUUUUAUCACACAAUUGUCUCGAGUCCACCCCCACCCUAUCCUAGGUGUAUAUACAGGGGCGAAUCUAGAACUAAUUUUUAGCGGGUGCAAAAAUUCAAUAAUUGGAAAAAGAGGGAUCAAAGACAAGACAUCAUGGGUGCACAACAACAUUAAACCAUCUCAUCUAGCUGAUUUCUGUGAAUUUUCACAUGCAAUAUUGUUAGUAUUAAUAAAAUUAUGGGGGCACUUGCCACCAUAGUCAUUGCCUUGGCUUCGCCCCUGUGUAUAUAUAUAUAUCUCUAAGCACAAUGAGAAUGCUAAUUUUGAUUUCCUUCAUUAGUACUAAGACUUUGAGAGUAUAUAACUCAAUUAUAUUAGUUAAUAUGGAUCAUAUGAGAUAAUAUAUAUUUCCCCCAUUCUCAAAAAAUAAUCUAAAUUUUUUUAAAAAUCAAACUUUAACAUUUUAUGCAUUUUUAUUAGCUAAUAACGUUAAACAUAUUAUUUACUAAUAAAAAUAUAAUUAAUCAUAGAAAAUGAUGUGUUUAUAAUAAAAAUUUAAUAUGUUUUCUUAAUAUGUGUAAAUUACACAAAAAUCUAUUAUAUGAACAUGAAUAUACAAUAAUGAACUUUUGGAUAUAUAUUAUUUUGGGGUUCAAAAAAUAUUUUCUUAUAAUAUUGCAUUUUUAUUUUUUUCCGUUCAACAAAAUUUGGUUUUCUUGCUCAAAAGGUAAUUAGCUUAAAAUGGAUUUGAAAACUAUGAUGCAUAUCAUAUGUGAAAACAAAAAUAAAUAGAAGUUUUGAAAUACAUAUGUGGUGGAUUCCGAAAAUGUUAUGAUCCUUAAUAAAAAAUAGGGUAUGACUACCAAACAUAAAGUGAUAACCAUAGAUAACAUAAAAAAAAAACUUGAAUUAUUUAACGCCGGGAUCUAGAAAAAGUAUUCUACUACGUAUUCCAUUGUCUCUUUACUAUUCCAAUUUUUAUGUUUUAUUAAAAGAAGUCCACGAAUGAUUUUGGCUGCCUAUACGUCAAAUUUCAGAACAGUAACUUUUUACUAAUUUAGAGAAAGUUCGUUUCUAUAAAAAACAUAACCGGAAUCAAGAUCUCUAAAAGAAGUGAGAGUUUUAUAAGAAAUAUUAUUAUUUGGAUGACCAAUAUUUUUCUUAUAUACAACAAUUCUAAGAACUUUUGAUAUGAGAUUUUAUUUCUAAUAAUAUCGUCUUUCAAGAAAAAUGGUUCGUUAUUCUUAUAUGUAGUCGCAUGUUCGAGGCUUGUCAAUUGUCAUCCGUACUUUAAGCAUAUGCCACAGCCAAUGUAAACUUGGUUAGCAAAUAAGAUUACAUUCCUAACUAUUUGGUACUUGCCUAUUUGAUAUUGGAAGGUAAUUGAUGUUCAUGAUCGUAUUUUCUAGACAAAUCGGAAGUCUCGUAUAAGCCCAUUGCUUCUUCUCCUUUUUCUUUGUCGAGAUAUCAGUUAUAACUAUUGCUUUAAGUACUGUACAAAAGCAAAUUUGAAUACAUUGCAUCCUUCUUUAAAACAACGAUUGACUUUCAAUUAAUUUGUCUAUUAAAAGAUUCAUCAAAGAUUAAACAAUUUAGCUCAUUAAGCUCGAUUUUUUUUUUUUAGUUUCACUACCUCAUAUCUUUGCUAAUGAAUGGCUACAAAAAUUUAUCUCAAAUUUAUAUGAUAUUAAUAUAGUAUAUAUACACAAUCAGAUACUUCCAUUUCCAUACCAAUAUAUUCAGAAACCCUAAAUUAUAACAAGACAGACAGAAUGAUGAAGAAGGUGAAACUCUUACUCUUCUUCAUCUCCAUUUCCCUGCUCCUGAUCGCCGUUGCUCAAGCCCAGGAUAGCCAUGAGGGCCAUUCACAUUCCGGGAAGCCUCAAUGCGAGUGCUCACACGACGACGACCACGAAAACAAAGCCGGAGCUCGCAAAUACAAAAUCGCAGCCAUCCCAGCCGUUCUACUCGCCGGAGUGAUCGGUGUUCUCUUCCCUCUCUUAGGCAAAGUCAUCCCUUCUUUGCGUCCCGAGACAUCUUUCUUCUUCGUCACGAAAGCUUUCGCUGCCGGAGUUAUCUUGUCUACCGGAUUCAUGCACGUCUUGCCUGAGGCUUACGUGAUGCUUAACUCGCCGUGUCUCACGUCGGAAGCGUGGGAGUUUCCGUUCACCGGAUUCAUCGCCAUGGUGGCAGCGAUCUUGACGCUGUCCGUUGAUACGUUUGCUACUUCGAGUUUCUAUAAAUCGCAUUGCAAAGCGUCGAAAACGAUCAUUGAUGGAGAGUCCGGUGAGCCAUCCGUGGACUCUGCCAAGGUCCAGAUACUCAGGACAAGAAUUAUUGCACAGGUACUGGAGCUGGGAAUAAUAGUACAUUCAGUGGUAAUAGGAAUAUCACUUGGAGCUUCACAAAGUCCAGAAGCCGCAAAAGCUCUCUUCAUUGCCUUAAUGUUUCAUCAAUGCUUCGAAGGUCUUGGCCUUGGUGGUUGUAUUGCUCAGGGAAAAUUCAAGUGUUUGUCAGUAACAAUAAUGUCGACGUUCUUCGCGGUAACAACACCAAUAGGUAUCGUUGUUGGAAUGGGAAUAUCAGAUACGUACGAUGAGUCUUCUCCAACGGCUCUGAUCGUUCAAGGAGUAUUAAACGCUGCAUCCGCAGGUAUUCUCAUCUACAUGUCUCUGGUCGACCUUCUCGCAGCAGACUUCAUGCACCCUAAGAUGCAAUCCAAUACUGGGCUUCAAAUCAUAGCCCACAUUUCUCUUCUUCUUGGUGCUGGUCUCAUGUCUUUAUUGGCUAAAUGGGCUUGAUGAUUCCUUUAUUCUAAAACUUUCGUUGUUUUGUUCAUGUCAUUUUAAUGGUUAGCGUGGACUACUCACAUCUUGUCUAUGUUGUUAACCAUUUGUUUCUUAAUUCUGCUUUUUCAGUUCUAAUUUUGAGCAUCUCUAUUUUCUGGCCCAUAUUCAUGUCUACAUGUGCAAAAGUUAUUUGAGUUAUGUAUAAUUGAUUCAUGUCCCAGAAAAGUAAUGAGCCUUGAUUGGUUGCUUGUGUGAGUGUGAUUUGUAAUAAUCUAUAAUAUCAUAUUUAUUUGUGUGUUAUAUAACAUAUCUUAUAUAUAGUUUAGGAAUUAGAAUAUUAUAUAAAGAGAUUUAUUGUUUAUGCAUGGCGAAGAUUCGGUUUUUGGUAGUAAAAAAUUUCAAAUUACAACACAUGCAUGAUCUUUUAAGAAACGACUGUCUACACAAUAUUAUGAAACCUCUAAGAGCAUCCAUGAUGGUGGCACCCAUUGUCGAGUCCAUAGGAUUAGUUUAGUAAUAUAUAUUUUUUUUUGAAUAGUUAAAGACUCUUGUUAAAAAUGUGUGUACAAUGGUGAUCCCGAAGUUGGAAUCCGUAAGAAAAAAAAUGUUUUUUUAGUGAAAUAUAAAUAAACAUAAAAUACAUUAAUUAAACAUAAAAUACAUUAAUUAAUACAUUAAUUAAUCCAUAACUUAACAUAAAAAUACAAUAAAUAAACAUAAAAAACAAUAAUUAAACAUAAAAUACAUUAAUUAAACAUAAAAACAAAAUUUUUACAUAAAUAUAGAAUAAUUGUUAAUCUUCAUCACCAAAUUUAUUCCAAAUAUUUUGAAUUAAUUCAUUUUUCAAUCUUUCAUGCGUUUGCCUAUCAUGAAGAUCAUUCCGAGUGGGAAAGAUAUUAUUCAGAUUUGUUGGCCUCUCGGUUUCCACCUCUGAACAUCUGGGGGCGUCUCCUUCUUCAAAUUCAGAUAUAUCAAUACGAGAGUAUCCAUCCCGUUCAUCUUCGACUAUCUUAUUGUGGAGUAUGAUACAUGCUCUCAUAAUCUUCCCUAUCUUUUCUUUAUUCAAUGUUUUUACCGGAUUUCUCACAAUUGCAAAUCGAGAUUGCAAAACUCCAAAAGCCCGCUCCACAUCUUUUCGGCUUGCUUACUGAACUUUAGCAAAUAACUCUUGUUGAGGAGUUUGAGGGAGUGUGAUAGAUUGGAUAAAUGUUGACCAUUUUGGAUAUAUACCGUCUGUGAGGUAGUACACCAACUUAUAUGUGUGUCCGUUGACCAUGUACUUUACCUUCGGAGCUCGACCUUGUAAAAUGUCAUCAAAAACAGGAGACCGAUCGAGGACAUUAAUAUCGUUUAAGGUACUUGGAGGACCAAAAAAGGCGUGCCAUAUCCAAAGAUCUUGGGAAGCUACAGCCUCUAAGACAAUUGUCGGUUUUCCUGAUCCACGUGCGUAUUGUCCUUUCCAAGCGGUUGGGCAAUUUUUCCACUCCCAAUGCAUACAAUCAAUGCUCCCGACCAUCCCAGGAAAUCCUCGUUUCUCUCCAAUAUCGAGUAGCCGUUGAAGAUCCUCCGGUGUGGGUCGUCGUAGAUACUCAUCUCCGAAUAAUUGUAUUAUUCCGUCUGUGAAAUUAUGUAAACACGAAAGUGCAGUGGUCUCAGCAAGUCGGAGAUAUUCGUCAACGGUGUCAGCCGCAGUACCAUAAGCAAACAGACGAAUAGCUGCAGUACAUUUUUGUAGUGCCGUAAGACUCCACUUCCCGGUUGCAUCUCUUCUUUGCUGAAAGAAUGGAAAUCACUCUUCUAGGCCAUGAACAAGACGCAAGAAUAAAUUCUUAUUCAUGCGGAAACGGCGUCUGAAAAAUUCAGUCGAGAAUGUCGGAUCUUCGCUGAAGUAGUCAUUCCAUAAUUGAUCUUGUCCUCCUUCGCAGUGUCGUUCAACAUACUGACGUGUCCUUUGUGGUAUGGUUUGGGCCUCCACCAUGUCGUUGUAUAUUUCUUCCACGUAUUCAUCGCAAAUUUUGUCCAAUCUUUCAUCGACUUCAUCGGAUGAAGAUGAUGACAUAUCUAGAAAAUAAUUAAAUUAUCUAUAAGUUAAACAAAUAAGAUUGUAUAGACUUUUUAUUAUGGUUUUUAUAAAAUUAUGUUUUUAUUAAAUUUUUAAGAAAUAAUAAAAUUUUCUUUAAGUUAAACUCAUAAGAUUGUAUAGACUAUUUUAUUAUGGUUUUUAUAAAAUUAUUUAUGUUUUUAUAAAAAAUUUAAGAAAUAAUUAAAUUAUGUAUAAGUUAAACUGAUAAGAUUGUAUAUACUUUUUUAUCAUGGUUUUUAUAAAAUUUUGAAGAAAUAUAAAAUUAUCUAUAAGUUACUAACCGUUUGGGAUAGAUUGCUUGUAUGGUUGGGAUGGAUUGCUUGUAUGCUGGAAAUAGUGGUACCUGAGUUCUUCCCUUUACACAAGUUGUAUAAGAAUCAGAUUUUUAAGGUGGAACCAAGGUUUAAAAUCUGAAAACAAAGAGAACCGAUUUUUAUGAGUUUAGAGUUUUUAUGAUGCAAACAGAAACAAAUAUGAAUAUGAAUCAAAAUGAUAAUAUGAAUUAAAACAAAUAGAAAAAGGAUAGAUUGAUGAAGAUGGGAUCUUUGUUGCUGGAUGUAUAUCGCUCUCAACAAGGGUCGAUGGAUGGAAGAUGAAUGAAGAUGGAACCGGUCUUGCUGGAUGUGUAUCACUCUCAAGAUCGAUUGGUGGAUGGAAAUGGGAUGAUGGACGCCACAAAGCUCUGUGAAAGGAGGCUUUGAUAAGUCUGGAUGCUCAAGAGCUGCUUCUCACAAUAUUCUAAGACUUAGAACAAUAGUUUUGAGAAACUAGAAAAACUGUGUUUUCAUUCAUAAAAGUUCAAGGGUGAUUUACAAAGACAAACUAAUUGAGCUUUAUAGGCUCGACUACUGGGACUCUCUAACAGUCAUAAAAUGACAUAAGGAAUGAAAUAAAAAUCGAAAUAAUAAACUUGGAAGCAAAGGAAUUGAUGGCUCCAUGAAAACUAGCCGUUGGAGGCUUUAUGGUGAGAAUCUUGGCCAAAUGAAUGUAGAUGGUGUUCUCCUUGUAUCUGGACGGUUUGAAGGGAUAACUAAGCUUCCUGGGAACCUUCUUGAUAGUUUGGAAUGUGCUGAGGUCGUGCCUAAUCUGAAGGAAAAAGAGCUGUUGGAGUUUUAAUGUUGACUCCAAAUAAGGCAAGUUGAAGUAAUUGAAGAUCCUCCUGAUCCAAUGGUUGCUGGUGCAUGGUAUGAACUUGCAGAACUCCUCCUCGACUCCUAAAAUAUUUCCUGAUUGGUUGAAAUGAUUUCCUGGUUGUCAAUGUCUGGUUUGAAGCUGAUUAAACCGGUUAGCUUCCAAUUGAGGCAAGUGUAGAACUGGUUUGACCGGUUUUGGAGAUUGGAUCAUAACUUCAUAAUUCCGUGGCCAUUUCUCCUCUUGACUCCUAAAAAUGAAAACUUUUAUCAGCUUUCUAUAAAAAUGAAAACCUAUAGAUCAAGUUUAUCAGCUUUCUAUAAAAAUGAAAACUUUUCUAAAAUAGAUAUUUUGAGAAUUAUUUUAAAAAAAUACAACUAUUGAUCAAAAAAUCUAAAAGAAUACUCAUCUAUAA